AUGGGAGACUCCCAGAUUGAAGAACCCCAAAACACUGCUGUCAUCUCAAUCAACAAUCAAGAUUAUCUCAAUGCUCUGCUGGAAAUGGGCAUCCCUGAAGAUAUAGCUACCCAAGCACUGAGUAUAACAAACAAUGAGUCCUUAGAAUUAGCAGCUACACAGGCUUUAGAAUUAAUGGAUGGUGGCAAUGAUGACAAUUGGGAAGAUAUAAUUGAAAGCUACAAAAUGGUAUUUGUUGUUAACUCAGAGCUUGGAAUGGGAGUUGGGAAAACCGCUGCACAGGUAGCUCAUGCUGCCGUGGGACUCUAUAAGAAUUUAAUGAACAAACCUGAAGAAUGUGAAAAGCUUGGUUUCUGGCAAGAAGAAGGGGAAAAAAAAAUUGUUCUUCGUGGUACAAAUGAAGGUCAUUUAAAAGAAUUGUCAACACUAGCUGUUAGUUUUAAUAUUCCUCAUUAUGCCGUAAGAGAUGCAGGGUUAACAGAAAUUCCAGCAAAUUCUUUUACUGUUCUUGGGCUGUUUGGAUUAGAAGAGGAAGUGGAUAAAGUGACCAAAAAAUUGAGGCUGCUUUAG